CUCGUUGCUGCUGUUCAUUCGGUAACAGCUCCGCCCGCCUCUCCGUCCGUCUCCGUGUCUUUCUGUGUCUACCUGUCUCUCGGUCUUUACCUGCCUCCCCCUUUCCUUCUCUCCUUCCAUCCCUCAUCCAUCCAUCCAUCCCUCCUCCCCCCUCCGUCCCCUCUCCUCCCCCCUCUCUCGGUGCGGACAUGCUCCCGGGGCUCCGGAGAUGAGGCUCCGAAAUGUCUCCUUCCUGACGGUCUUGUUGUUCGGGCUGUGCGGGCUGGUCUCUCUGUCCUGGUACACCGCCUUCAGCAGCUCCAGAGGAGAUGUGGUGGAUAUUUAUCAGAGGGAGUUCUUGGCCCUGAGGGAGCGGCUCCACUCGGCCGAGCAGGAAAACCUGCGGCGCUCCAAAGAACUGAACCUGGUCCUGGAGGAGAUCAAGAGGGCGAUCGCUGAGAAACAGGCCCUGAGAGACAUCAACCGCACCUGGAGCAGCCUCUCAGAGGAGACGAGGAUGAAGCUGUGGAACGUGAGCAGCAGCAAAAACGUGCUGCAGCUUCCCUCCAUCUUCCAUCAUCUCCCUCACCUGCUGAACCGAGAGGACAGUCUGCAGCCGGCCGUGCACCUGGGACAGGGACGCACGGGAGUCUCCAUAGUGAUGGGCGUCCCCAGCGUGAAGCGGGAGGUGCACUCGUACCUGACCGACACUCUCAGCUCCCUGAUGUCAGAGCUCAGCGCCGCAGAGAAGGACGACUGCAUCAUCGUGGUCCUCAUCGCUGAGGCUGACCCACAGUACGCCAGCAGUGUAGCCGACAACCUAAAGCGCCUUUUUCCUGCAGAGAUCCAGUCUGGUCUGUUGGAGGUCGUCUCUCCGUCCGUCCACUUCUACCCAGACUUCUCUCGGCUCAGAGAGUCAUUCGGAGACCCGAAGGAGAGAGUCAGAUGGAGAACCAAGCAGAACCUGGACUACUGUUUCCUGAUGAUGUACGCUCAGACUAAAGGAACCUACUACGUCCAGCUGGAGGACGACAUCGUGGCUCGGCCGAACUACUUCACCACCAUGAAGAACUUCGCUCUGCAGCAGCCGUCGGAGGAGUGGAUGAUCCUGGAGUUUUCUCAGCUCGGCUUCAUCGGGAAGAUGUUCAAGUCGUCCGACCUGUCGCUCAUCGUUGAGUUCAUGCUCAUGUUCUACAAAGACAAACCCAUCGACUGGCUCCUGGACCACAUCAUGUGGGUGAAGGUCUGCAACCCGGAGAAGGACGCGAAACACUGUGACCGACAGAAAGCGAACCUGAGGAUUCGCUUCAAGCCGUCGCUCUUCCAGCACGUUGGAACUCACUCGUCUCUGGCCGGAAAGAUCCAGAAACUCAAGGACAAGGACUUUGGGAAACAGACUCUUCAUAAAGGUCACGCGAACCCUCUGGCCGAGGUGACGACCAGCCUGAAGACCUACCAGCACUUCACCCUGGAGAAGGCCUACCUGGGCGAGGACUUCUUCUGGGCCUUCACGCCCGUGGCCGGCGACUUUAUCCGGAUACGAUUCUUCACGCCGGUCCGCAUCGAGAGAUAUUUUUUUCGGAGCGGAAACAUCGAGCAUCCAGGAGACAAACUCUUCAACACGUCUGUGGAGGUUCUGCCCUUUGAUAACAUCCAGGCAGAGAAAGAGGCCUUGACCGACGGGAGGGAGAAGACGCCAAAGUACCAUCGGACCGAGGACGGAUUCAUCAGGAUAGGAAUGUUCCAGAAGGGGACAGCGGAGGGGGAGGUGGACGUGUCCUUCGGGCCCCUGGAGGCCAUGCGUCUCACGGUUUUGACGGAUUCUCCGGUCUGGGUGAUACUCAGCGAGAUCUUCAUAAAGAAAGCAGAGUGACCCUCCUGUCCUUCGUCCAUACCUCAGCAGCCUUUCGUCUUCGGUCUGACCCGAGGCCCCGCCCACCAGACCCAGAGGCUCCGCCCACGACGCCGCUGUCUGGCCGGACCCGACGCUGCAGGCGUAGCACACUCAGACGGACUUCCUGUAUUUAUGUGUACAUACAGUAAGCUAAAUGUUGAAUACACUGGUUGCUAUGGAGACGGCGUCUAGACGAGGUCCAGACGGAGAUUUGCCUUAAGAAGACGAGGGAGUUUACGUCACGCGGCUCCGAACAUGUAGCGCAGAGUCAUACCCACAAUCCUUUGCUGCAACCUCGGAGCUUCAAACUACUGACCAUGGAUGUUUCUCUACGCAGUACUAUACAGAGUAAUACUACACACAGUAGUACUAUACAGAGUAAUACUAUACAGAGUAAUACUACACACAGUAGUACUAUACACAGUAGUACUAUACAGAGUAAUACUACACACAGUAGUACUAUACACAGUAGUACUAUACAGAGUAAUACUAUACACAGUAGUACUAUACAGAGUAAUACUACACACAGUAGUACUAUACACAGUAGUACUAUACAGAGUAAUACUGUGCUGAGUAAUACUAUACACAGUAGUACUAUACUCUAUGCAGUACUGUGCUGAGUAGUACUAUACAGAGUAGUACUAUACGCAGUGCUGUGCAGGGUAAUUUAUACUCUACACUGUAGUUAUAUACAUAGUUAUCUGGACUCUGCAGAUUACUAUAGUACUACAAAGUACUCUGCAGUACUCUUCUGCAUUCUACAGGACUCUACUAUACUAGAGUAGUUUAUACUCUAUAGUACAGCGCUGUCCUCUGCAGUACUCUGUAUAGUCCAGUAGAGCACGCUAUAGUACUCUGUGUUACCCUGUAGUACUUUGUAUCGUCCAGUAGAGGAUUCUGUAGUACUCUGUAGUACUCUGUAGUACUCUUACUGCAGUCAUUUAUUCGUAUUUAUUCUGUUCCUUCAGAUGGUUUCAAACCAAACCUCCUGAGACCCUGUGUCCUCAUAUGAGGACGUUAAGGUUUAGGUUCUUAUUCUGCUUCAUUCAGACCUGGUGUCCUCAUACGUAAGCGGAUGCUUCAAGCUGCCAUCUAGUGGCAGCAAAGCGUCAUUACAGCAGAGUCCUCAUUGUUUCUGAUCAUUAACUUUUCUAGUUUGAUAUCAACAACAACAACGUAACAAAUUCUGUCGACAGUAACAAGAUAAAACUUCUGAGGACGUUGGGAUUUCAUUGUUUGCUUCUGAUCAGCCACGUUAUUAAAAUAAACAGAUUUAUAUUUUGUUAUAUUGAGUGACUUUAUUAUAAUAUACGGUGAAAUAAUCCCUGUGGCCACAUACGAGGACAUGUGAAUCAAAAACUUCUUCCUGUUCAAAGAUGAUGUUUAGUUUUUAGACGUCUCAGAUCCAACUAAUCCCAAAUAUCUUGGAGAAAUGAAAGAUGCAGAGCAAACGAAAGCCCAGGUGUCUCAGGAGGUUUCGAUGGAAGAAAGACAGUAGAGCAGCUGUGAUUUUAUUAUUUAGUGAAUCAACGUUUCAUCUGAAGGAACAAAAUAAGACGUUUGUUGUUCAGAUCCGUUCGGCUUCAGGAAACAUCCCAGAGUGUUUUCUUCUUCUUCAGAUGCACUGGAAUCAUCUCGUACGUGUCUUUUUGUAUCCUUUAGAUAAACUCUAUUUAACAGAGCUCACACUUCUAUCUGAUCUGUGAAUUGUAAUAAAGAUAAAAAAAAUUUAAACCAA